AUGUUUUUAACCCGCAUAACACACAUUGCGCGGCCUUUUACGUUCCUGUCAUUCACACUGAAUGAGUUUAUCGACAGAAACAAGGUGGAGCCGUGUGCGACGCUUAGCGUCAGCCGUUCCUCCACAAGUAAACCAUGGGAACUAAGCAUCCAUCAACGAAAGAAACUGAUCUACCUUGACCCGCUGCCGAAGGAGGCCUUGUAUGGGUCGGUGGUGGCCAAACAAUUCCUUACCAAGGACGCCCUCCCUUACGUCAGCUCCGUACUCAUUGCGUCUGUGAACGGCGUUCCUGCCGACUCCGCUAGAAAGGUGCGGCAUGAGUUGAGUCGAUGCGUCACGGCGGUGUUUCAUCUCGUCUUUCGUUGCACGAAGUAUCACCCGGCAGAAAAGGAGCAGCAGGAGGAAGAAACCGCCGAGGCUUUGGAGGCCACAGAGACGGAACCACCCCAGCAUGGUUCGAAUGUGCGCGUUGCGGUUCCUCCUGCCGCUGUCAAACGUGUAGGUCGGCCAAGGAAAAAUUAUGCGGAGGCAAAGGUACCCAUGGGCAAUCAAAAAUUACACGCACAGCAAACAAAGACUGUACCCAGCCCGAAACGAUCCCCCAAACAAACCAAACCUCCCACUCCACCAGAAUCUAUAAAGAAGAUGCCCAAGAGCGUACACGCUAAUGCUGACGCUACCGCCCCUCAUAAUGCUGCUUCUACUGGGGUUCGUGCGGAAAAGACCUCAAAGGGAGCAGUGUCCAAGGCAAAAGGUCUUGUGAAGGGUAUCAGCAUUCAUAUAUGA